ACACCCACCUUCCCCCUGACUCCUUCGCUCGGCGUCCAGUACCCACCGACCCAUCCUGCUCCUGGUGCGCGCUGCGAGCAGUCAUAGCACGGCCAACAAAACACGAACAUGCCCCAGCCGCCGCUCCCCGCCGCCGCUCGCCUCUGCGCCUCGCUGCUGAUCGCCUCGGUUUGGACCGCCAUGCCGGGACCCUCGCACUGUGACCGCGGCGCCGUGCUCCGGCGCGUCGGGGGCGACCGCCAGCCGGACCUCGACGCGGGCUCCCUACGCCCGAGGAGAGCGCUGUCCCUGGAGAAGCAAAUGUCUCUGCACAGCAGCUCCUUCGUGCUGAAAGGCGACGCGACCCACAACCAGGCGAUGGUCCACUGGACCGGGGAGAACAGCAGCGUCAUUCUCAUUCUGACCAAGUACUACCACGCCGACUCCACCAAGGUGCUAGAGAGCUCUCUGUGGAGAUCCAGCGACUACGGCACCACUUACACGAAGCUCAACUUGGUGCCAGGGACCACCAUUGUGGUGACCAGCUUCUACAUCUGCCCCACCAACAAAAAGAAGGUGGUCCUGGUGGGCUCCUCGGUGAACGAGCGCGAUCAGAUGCUGUUCAUCAGCACUGACGAGGGGUCCUCUUUCCAGCGGCAGACCAUCUUCUUCACGCCUGACUCGCUCGUCUUCCACCCCAAGGAGGAGGACAAGCUCCUGGCCUACUGCAAGGAUGGAAGGCUUUUCGCCUCUGCAGAUUUGGGCCGCAAGUGGACUUUGCUUCAGGAGCGGGUGACCAAAGAUCGUGUAUUCUGGUCCGUACCGGAGGUGGACGUGGAUCCUGAUCUUGUGCACAUGGAGAUGCAGGACACAAGUGGAGGAUAUCUGUAUGUCACCUGCCUCAUCCAGAACUGCUCCGACAAGAUGGUGACGGCUCAGUUCCUGGGCAAAAUUGACCACAACUCUCUGUCGGUGCAGGACAACUACAUUUUUGUCAAGGUGACCACAGGAAAUCGCACCAAGCACUAUGUGUCGUAUCGACGCAACGAGUUUGUCCAGAUGAAGUUUUCCAAGUACGCCUUGCCAAAGGAUGUUCAGAUUGUAAGCACGGACGAGAAGCAGGUCUUCCUGGCCUUGCAGGAGUGGCACCAGAUGGACACUUACAACCUCUACCAGUCGGAGUCACAGGGCGUCUAUUACUCCAUCGUCCUGGAGAAUGUCCGCAGUACCAAACAGCCCGAGGAGAACGUCCUCAUUGACAUCCUGGAGGUCAGAGGAAUUAAAGGUGUCUUCCUGGCCAAUCAGAAACUAGACGGCAAGGUGAGGACUCUCAUCACUUACAAUAAAGGACGAGAUUGGGAGCCUUUGACCCCGCCCGCCACGGACAUGAACGGCAAGAGAAUCACCUGCAAAGCGCCCGACUGCCAGCUCCACCUGCACCUGCGGUGGGCAGACAACCCAUACGUGUCGGGGACAGUCCACACCAAAGAAUCUGCUCCAGGUCUCAUCAUGGGAGCGGGUAACCUUGGCUCUAAGCUGGUUGAGUACAAAGAGGAGAUGUACAUCACGUCUGACUGUGGGAAGACAUGGAGACAGGUUUUCGAAGAGGAGCAUCACAUUUUGUACCUGGACCACGGUGGCGUGAUUGUGGCCAUCAAGGACACUUCCAUCCCGCUGAAGAUACUAAAGUUCAGCAUCAACGAGGGACAUACGUGGACGGUCCACAACUUCACCAGCACUUCGGUCUUUGUCGAUGGACUGCUGAGCGAGCCGGGAGACGAGACCCUGGUGAUGACUGUGUUCGGCCACAUCAGCUACAGGUCUGACUGGGAGCUAGUCAAAGUGGACUUCCGCCAGUCCUUCCCUCGUCAGUGUGCCGAGUCGGAUUACGAGUCCUGGGAGCUCACAGACCUUCAGGGACAAAAGUGCAUCAUGGGCCAGACGAGGACAUACCGGAGGAGGAAGGAGACAGCAUUUUGUGUUAAAGGAAAGAGCUACACAUCCGCUCUCAGCACCGCAUCCUGCCAGUGCACCGAGCAGGACUUCAGCUGCGACUACGGUUUCGAGAGAUCCCACGCCGAGAGCGAACGCUGCUUUGCGGAUUUUUGGCACAAUCCGGACCUGCCGCCGGAUGACUGCCACGUGGGAAGAACCUAUGAGUCUAGCACGGGGUACCGCAAGGUAGUGUCAAAUGUGUGUGAAGGCGGUCUGAACAAGGAGCAAAGUGACAAACAAAGCAACUGCCCUCUGCUGCCCCCUAGAGGGCUGCAAGUGGGCAUAAAAGGGCAGAUGCCAGCCAUUGCCCCUGGUGAUGACAUCACAUUCAUUGUCCACCAAGAGGAGGGGGACACGAGCAGCACCAAGUACCAGGUGGACCUCGGCGAUGGCUUCCGGGCCAUCUACAGGAACCUGACAGUGACGGAUGAACCCAUCCAGCACCGCUAUGGGACUCCGGGCAUUUACAAAGUUUCCGUGCAGGCGGAGAACAUGGCAGGGCGUGACAAGGCCACCAUAUACAUCCAGGUCACAGCACCUCUACAAGAAGUGCACCUAGAAGUGAUCCCCAUCGCUGGGAGAAACCACCAAGUCAACUUGACGGCCAUUGUCCUCCCCGCCGAAGCCAACCUGACUGUCUUCUACUGGUGGGUCGGGGACUGCCUGCAGCCCACGCUGACUCUGCAAAACAGCAUGCUGACGAGUUUCCCAGAGGCAGGCGAGAUUUCCGUUACCGUCCAAGCCUCCAACGGGAGAUCCAUGGUACAGGACACCAGAACGGUCCGUGUCUAUGAUAACUUCCACGUCAUUCCUCUGAGCUUCAGCAGACACCUGGACCGCAUCAACCCAAACAUUGCAGAGUGGCGAGAGGACGUGGGUCAGGUCGUCACCAAGAUACUGGCAAAGGUCACAGGUGUGCCCCUGGAGUACUUGGUUACCGUGGUAAAGGCGGGCCUCCCCACAACGGCCGAGCUGUACGUCCUCCCAGAGGAGAGCUCCCCGGCCAAGCCGAGCCUCUCCCAAGAUAAGCGUGUUCCCGCCAUCAUGCAGGCUUUCAGAGACAACAACGUGAGCUUUGUGGUCCGAGGAGGUCUGCAGGUGCUGGUGCUGCCAGCGGACCCAAACGCAGGGCUAAAUACUAUUGAGUCCACAGCAGCAGCAGAGACUGGCCACGGAGCUGCCGGUAGUCCUGGUGUGUGGGCGGUGGCCGUCAUCUUCCUGGUCAGCGUCAUUGCCACGGCUUCGUUUGUCCUCUACAAGUUCAAGAGUCCUUGGCUCAGGGCUGAGGAGGUCUAUCCCCCACUGUUUUUCAGAAAGCUGCCGGGCAGCCGCAGCGUCUACGCCCAGAUGCACAAUGAGAAGGAGCAGGAGAUGACCAGCCCUGUCAACCACAGCGAGGACACGCAGCACAUCAUCCAGGGCGAGGAGUUCAUCGACGACGACUUGGACUCGCAGACUCUAGGUAACGCCAGAGGUAGCUCCGCCUUCCGCUCCCUUAUACGGACUACUACUAACCACUGCUACUAAACACCCGCCACUCAAGGCAACCAUUCAGGUGUAGUCCUGAGCGUCAACUCCAGAGAACUCCACAGCUACCGGAGCAGCUGAUUGCUGCCAUGGCAACGUCCGACCAGCACUUCCUUCUCCUUUUCCUCCCAGGAUACUCUACCUUUCCAAACGUGGUGGAGGGACUGUAUCUACGGGCUCCUUCUUCCAAGGGAUGGCAGCCAUGUUGCUUUUUAACCACGUCUCGUAACAACUCCGGUUGUGGAUGCUGAGCAAAUUUUGUGAGUUCUUGAGUUGGGGUGUCCAAACUUUGUCCUCUGGGCGCCAGAAAAGGUAUGCCAGGCAAUAUACAGGACUGUCUCAGAAAAUUAGAAUAUUGUGAUAAAGUCCUUUAUUUUCUGUAAUGCAACUAAAAACAUGAAAAUGUCAUACAUUCUGGAUUCAUUACACAUCAACUGAAAUAUUACAAGCCUUUCAUUAUUUUAAUAUUUCUGAUUAUGGCAUACAGCUUAAGAAAACUCAAAAAUCCUAUCUCAAAACAUUAGAAUAUAUUUCCUCGGAACAAGUUAAAAAAAAAUGAUUUAUAACUGCAAAACAAAAUUAAACAUUUGAAAAUGUCAAUUGAUGCACUCAGUACUUGGUUGGGAAUCCUUUUGCACGGAUUACUGCAUCAAUACGGCGUGGCAUGGAGGCAAUCGGCCUGUGGCAUUGCUGAGGUGUUAUGGAUGCCCAGGAUGCUUCAAUAGCAGCCUUUAGCUCAUUUGCAUUAUUGGGCCUGGUGUCUUUCAGCUUCUUCUUCACAUUAAACCCACAAAUUCUCUAUGAGGUUCAGAUCAGGGGAGUUGGCAGGCCAAUGGAGGACAGUAAUGCCAUGGUCAGUACACCAGUUACUGGUGGUUUUGGCACCGUGGACAGGUGCCAGAUCAUGCUGGAAAAUUAAAUCAUCUCCAUAAUCAGCAAUAUUAAAAUAAUAAAAGGCUUGCAAUAUUUCAGUUGAUGUGUAAUGAAUCCAGAAUGUAUGACAUUUUCAUAUUUUAGUUGCAUUACAGAAAAUAAAGGACUUUAUCACAAUAUUCUAAUUUUCUGAGACAGUCUUGUAUGCUACAGUUAUCUGGACCAAACAAUAGCUUUGCUAUACAUGACAGAGCAAAUAGUUACAGUAAAUUAUAUUUGACAUAAUGUUCUUAAGGGUUACGUUCCAAGAAUGGGUUAGGGUUGGAUGAGGAAAAAUACCCAGAGAAGGCCCCAAAAGGCAUAUAUUUCAUACUGUAAGGUCUGCAACUAUUGAACACAUCCUAAAUUCAGUUGAACAUAUUAAGGAACAACAGGCAUACAUCACACAGUAUUGUACUUACAAAAUGUACAAUUACCGUAUUUAUCGGACCAUAGGGUGCACCGGAUUAUAAGGCGCAUUGCUGAUGAGUGGGUCUAUUCAGAUCUAUUGUCAUACAUAAGAUGCAAAGGAUCAUAAGGCGCAUUAAAGGCAUCGUAUCAGGAUUUUAUUCUAAAUAAAAAUAACAAUAAAACACGUCCUUGUGGUCUACUCUACUUACAUGUAAUGGUGGAUAAAAUGUUGCAUAGAUUAUGUUUUACAGAUCACCUUCAAGUCGCUUUCUGACGGUCGCUUUAGGAUGUGCCGUUUUGUGGGCGGUCUUAUUUACGUGGCUCAUCUUUGUUUUAGCGGUGUAGUGUGCAAGGACGAGAGUCGAAAGAAUGUCAGUAGAUGGAGCUAACUGUUUUAAUGACCUUCAGACUUAACUUGAAUCAAUAACGGAGCAACAUCUCAUCCGUGGCUCACUAGUGCAACAGCAACGCUAGAAAUGUGUCCCGAGAAAAAUCGCCCGGCCAGAAGUCUCUAGUUUAAUAACUGAAGUUCAGUUGGUGAAUUAUGUAAACCCACAAAACAGGUAGUUUUUAGCGCUUCCAUAGCGAGUCUACUGACAGAUAUAAGUUAGAACUUUACGCUACUUUACAUUAGAAAUGCCCCAUAACUGGAAGAUAGUGGGAAAACAAGCUUAUAGACUAUGGCAUUGACAUAGACUACAAUGGCGGACGUGCGCAAAUUUUCAGGACUUAUGCAGAUCCCAAAAACAGAUCAGCAGGUAUCAGAAGGAAAGAAAAGUUGGUUUUGCGUAAUAUUGCAAAAAAAAAAAACGACAGAUAAUGUGUCCGCUAAUGGGGGCCAUUUUGCGGUCCUCAUACACACACCGUAAUAAUACUCGUACUUCUGACUACAUUAGCCGUAAUGCGUCGAUAAUCCAUUAAGCAGUGCGGCUUCAUAGUCGUACUAAAACAUUUUUAAAGAUUUUUGAGCGCCAUGUGUAAUGUUCUGUAUUCUCUAUGGAACAUUUAAAAAGUUGGUGUUGUUUACUGGCGUCAUGUUGCAGUCUACACGUAUCUCUUAUGUGUGACUACCACAUCUACUGGUCACACUUAUCAUUACACCAUGUACCAAAUAAAAUUGCUUCAAGGUCGUUAAACUCAACCAGAAUUAUUCCAUACAUUAGGCGCACCGUUGAUUUUUGAGAAAAUGCAAGGAUUUGAAGUGCGCCUUAUAGUCCGAAAAAUACAAUACAUCUUGUCAAAGCAUCUUCCUGCUGGAAAAUGUUGAGUGACUUGAUUUGUAUGACAGCGCCCUCUUCAGGAUUCAUAGCUGCAGUACUUUUGCCCCUGUACAUGAUGCCAUCAAAACACUUGUUCCAUUCUCAUUAAAAAAACAUGAAUUAUUUACAAUUUAUUGAAGAGAACAGACAUGUUUGAGGGAGCAAACCCAACCACAAAAACGCAAACACUUUACUGUGCUUAUUAAUAUUUCAUCAUUACUAAGAUGACUUAAUGAAGGGCCAUUAUAAGAAGAAACUGCAGGCUGCACUUUGGACACCCCUGUCCUUGGAUAACUCAAAGCAACCACUAGAGGGCAGUGUUUCACUAUUUGUAUUCCUGCCAAUGACAAAGUUGCACAUCCUAUGGCGUUCUUUUUUUAUUAUUUAGAAUUCUCAUGGGUUUGUAUUUAUUUGUGGUACCAGCACAGCUCCUCUUCCUCUUUGACAUGGACUUGUUGAUGAAGGCGUCCGUCUGGACAAGUUCAGUAAGUGGACAUAUUUAGCCUACGUUAGGCCUAACCCGCAGUGGAGCAGGUUCCAUGUAAAUGUGUAAAUAGAACUGAAUCUCCACUUUGUUCAAACCAUUCUUUCACUUCAGUGUUUUACACAACGAGUUGUUGUUCAGAUUGACCACAAGCUUCUUGGUUUUCACAGUGUUCUCCUUCAACUUGAUAACGGCAUCCUAUUUUGAUACGAUUGCACAGUGAAAACGAUGAAUAUUUUUGAUACACUUGUCAUAUGUCUUUUGAAGGCAUUAUUUGGCUUCACUUAUUGUGUUAAAAGUCUCAAAUGUAUUGGGACACAUGCAAGGAGUGACCAAACAUGAGAUUUGUCUCAUACGGAAUAUCCAAGUUGUUUACACCAUGUACAAAACCCAAAACCAGUGAAGUUGGCACAUAGUGUAAAUCGAAAAUAAAAACACAAUAUAAUGAUUUGCAAAUCCUUUUUAACUUAUAUUAAAUUGAAUAGACUGCAAAGACAAGAUAUUUAAGGUCCGAACUGGAACACUUUUGUUAACCCAUUUUAAAUUUGAUGCCUGCAACAUGUUUCAAAAACACUGGCACAAUUGGCAAAAAAAGACUAAGAAAGUUAAGGAAUUUUCUUCAAACACUUAUUUGGAACAUCCUACAGGUGAACAGGCUAAUUUGGAACAGGUGGGUGCCAUGAUUGGGUUUAAAAGCAGCUUCCAUGAAAUGCUCAGUCAUUCACAAACAAGGAUGGGACGAGAGUCACCACUUUGUGAACAGAUCCGUGAGCAAAUUAUCCAACAGUUUAAGAACAACAUUUCUCAACGAGCUAUUGCAAGAAAAUUUGGGAUUUCACCAUCUAUGGUCCGUAAUAUCAUCAAAAAGUUCAGAGAAUUGGGAAAAAUCACUGCAUGUAAGCAAUGAAAUUACGGACCUUGAAUCUCUCAGGCGGUGCUGCAUCAAAAAGAGACAUCAGUGUGUAAAGGAUAUCAACACAUGGGCUUAGGAACACUUCAGAAAACCACUGUCAGUAACUACAGUUUGUCGCUACAUCUGUAAGUGCAAAUUAAAACUCUACUAUGCAAAGCCAAAGCCAUUUAUCAACAACACCCAGAAACGCUGCCGACUUCGCUGGGCCAGAGCUCAUCUAAGAUGGACUGAUGCCAAGUGAACAAGUGUUCUGUGGUCUGACAAGUCCACAUUUCAACUCCGGACCAAAAAGGAAAAGAACGAUACGAAUUGUUACAGGCACAAAGUUCAAAAGCCAGCAUCUGUGAUGGUAUGGGGGUGUAUUAGUGCCUAAGGUAUGGGUAACUUACACAUCUGUGAAGGCACCAUUAAUGCUAAAGGGGACAAACAGGUUUUGGAGCAAUAUACGUAUACACUCUAUUCAAUAGCAUGUAAGUUGAAAAGGAUUUUCAAAUCAUUGUAUUUUGUUUAUUUACUAAUUACACAACAUGCCAACUUCACUGGUUUUGUAUGUAGUUCCUGACAGUGUAGUACUGUUCCAAAUCUAAUACUGUCCUGUCAGCACAAGAGCAGGCAAUCAUGCAAAUUUUAGAAUUGAUCCAAUCCAUUACCAAGUAAAUACAGGAUCUGCAUAUGUGAUACUGAUAUUGAUAUUUGUCAAGAUCCUUAACAUAUUUUGCCUUUAAUUUUUGUAUAAUAUAUAUAAUCAGACUAAACAAAUAUAUUAGCAAAGCAAUUGAUCCAUGAAGAGGCGUGUCCCAAGACUUUUGAGAAGUUUCACUUCUACAUUAGUCAUGUUUUGUACAUAUUUUCAUGCUUGCCCUUUGUUUUCACAUGGUGUUAUUUCCCCACAAAACAGGAAAAGAAAGAACCUUCAGUAGACUCAAAUAUGCACAAAAGCACAGAUACCACACUUGUUUUCUGAAUUUAUUUUGUACUCUUUGAUGUUGUUUUGCUAUUAAAAUGUUAUCAUUAGGAAUAAAUUA